AUGGCACACGCAGAAUCAUACGCAACACUGCCCGCCGCACGCCAAAGCAAAAUGAAAAUCGACGCCCUGCUGAACCCAGGCGACGGAGACAUCUCUCCACGCUCCCAGCACGCCUCAAUCCCAGCCCACCGCCACAGCUACCAUUCUCACCAGCCCUCACCAAGCUUCCUGCCCGCCAGCCCAGACUACCGCUACAGCCGGAGCUACCACAACUCCAGCCCAGGCGCGCUAUCCAGCACCUCGACCGUAAUCCCCUCCCGGUCCCACCAAAUGUUCUUCACCUACCGGUCCUCGACCGCCAGCGCCAGCGCCAGCGCGGACCCCAACCGCGCCAGCACGAGCACAAAUCAAAGCUCGCUCUCCGAGCCCCCCUCGCCAAACCCCUACCACUCCCGCGAGCGCUACUCCAGCGUCUCCAGCGCCUCCUCGACCAACGGCGACCGCCGCCGGCCGCCGCGGCCAAAGUACGAGGAGGAGGAAAUGUACUUCAUCUGGUACCACCGCGUCGACCUGUCGCAGGAGUGGAAGGAGGUCCGCGCUGCCUUCAAUCGCCAGUUCCAUGAUCGCCAGCGCAGCGGCUUCCAGGGCAUCCAGUGCAAGUUCUACCGCUUUAUCAAGGAGAAGAAGUGUCCGACGCUGCGGGAGCAGCGGCGCAUGCGGGACGGCGAGUUCUUGCGUGAGGGGGCCUCGGCGGCGCAUGGUGCUACGCCGAAGUAUGGCGUUAGGCAGUAUACUAAUGUUUGGUAUCCUUGGAUGAGGAAGGAGGGGGAUGGUGCGUUGCCGUUGCGACGGAAGUGA